AUGCCUCUACCAACCACUGGCAGUCUUCCUGAUUGUCGCCGCCGCAAAAUAAAAUGCAACUGGCCUCCCCCUUCCGAUUCUAAUGAUGGUGAUGACCCAUCCAAUUCUGCCGCCCAGGCACCUCAACCGGCCUCUGCGGAUACACUGAAGAAAUGCAUCGAAUGCACCACACACAGACGCACAUGCGAAGUCCAAGGCUACGUAGACUCGAACCCAGGCACAUCAACCGUCACCUCUCGAUCCUCGAAACGGAUUUAUAAGCGGCGAAGAGGAGUCGGAGAGAACUCGACUUCGGAAGGUUCUUGUCUUCACCAGGAUGGUCGCAAUAGGACCACCAAUAGCAGUAUCGGUGAUGACGACAGUGAUCAACCCCGGAUGAAAAUCCACGUCGCUAGAAUGGAUCCUUUCGUGCAUAGACUGGCCCGAGAGCGAGAGUUAGGCUUGGACUUGCAAUGUGCCAAGCCUCGUGAGCCAAUGCCGACUGUGAACGGGGAUAAUGCUCCAGGUCUCGAAGCAAGAAUUUCCUCAGACAAAUCAUUACGAGACCAGACUCAGGCUCCAGAGCAAGAAUCAAAGGGAAAUGGCACCGGCAGCGGAUUGCCUGUUGAAGAUCAAGCGAGGAAAUUGAGCCCGUUGCUCUCACAGCUGUUCAGUAAUGAGAUGCUCACUCAAAUCUCAUUCGCCCCCAAUGGCACCCUCAGUCACAAAGUCCAACGUCUCACUUUCACGCCUAACCCCAAUUCCUCGACCACCUCUGCCACCCUAGCAAGCGACGUGGACAAACUCAACUCUACCAUCUCCUCAGAGCCUUAUUUGCUCAAAGUCCUCGACAUCUCCGUCCACUGGUGGAUUUCCUGGCGUGAUCAGCCGUUUGCGCUGCAUGAGGCGCUUUUCGAUCCCCUGGGGCUACCAUCACCUCCCCGUUCGGGUUCAGGGUCUGGUUCUACAUCAUCAAACACCACCAACACCAACACGUCCUCGUCGCCUGGCUCCCGUUCUCAGCAGGGAAGUCCCCAAAUCCUUUCUCUCCACGACUUCGUCCGCUUGAAACUUUCCCGAUCUGAUGAUGCCAUCUCAGUCGCCACGGGCCUCCUCUGCAUCGCCAUGUGCCUCCAACAACUCCGACCCGGCGUCGAUGAUAGUGAUUUAUACAUCACGACUUCACCAACAGAAUUAUCGGAGCGGAUCGUUCUAGCCAUCGACACGAUUUUGCUGUCUCCCACCUCGAACCCUGCAUACAUGCGCGACCCGAACAUUUUGUUACUUUUGAUGAUGCGGUCCAAAAUGUUCGCGGAGAGUAAUCAGCUCAGGAAAAGUUGGUUGACGGUCCGCAAGGCGAUUGCAGUCGCGCAAAACAUUGGGUUCACGGACCCGCCAAUCAGCGAAGAAGGGGCUACGAGAGUCUUCCAUCGUCGGCGUUUCCUCGGCUCAAUUCUCGAAAUAAAUCGUUUGAUGAGUAUGGUACUCGGUUUCCCGCAUGUCGAGGACGAUAAGUUCACAGAUCAUCUGGCUCUCGCCGUGCUGAGAGGUCAGGUAACGAUUCAAAAUGCCGAGCUCAACCCACGAGUCUCAGCCGACAUCCAAAUGCGAGCGCUUCGGCGUAUCGUGGCCAUCGCCGCGGGACGAAUCAAUGACCGUAACGCGAGUGGUGAUCCCGAUGACUUCAAAUUGCAGACGACGAUGGCUAUUCAAGCGACGCUGAACGAGGCUGCGGCUGCUAUGCCUUCGAGCUGGUGGGACGCACAGACACAUCUGCAAGGUUCAGAUCCUCGUGUUUCGCACGAGCAUCUUAUCGCCCAGAUGUGGUUCUGGCAGGUUCAGGCGUUUCUUCAUCUCCCGUUUAUGCUGAGACCAAAUCCCCACCACGCAGUAGGAUUGCCAACUGGAUGCGAAGAUGAUGAUCUUAGUUACAGUGGCCACGGGAAUGCCCCUUAUGAUCCGUAUGAGAUGAACCGAUAUCUCUGCUUGCAAGGUUGCCGGGGCAUGAUUCGCGCCUUUAAUAUCGUCCGCUCCGACCCUUCGUUGGCCGUGUACAUCUGCGCAUGCGAGGACUUUCAAGGCGUUCUGACUUCGUGCAUCUUGAUGGUUGGCCUGCUUAUCCGCCUCUCUUUCUACCCGGCCGCUGCACAUCCGUUACCUCCACUCACCUCGAUGGACGAUCCCGCCUCCGACCUCGCGCUGAUCGAGGAGAUCAAGGACAUCUUCCGCUACAGAGCAUUGCAGCAGGGUGGGUGUAUCAGUAAACAAGGGCUGGAGGUGUUGGAGGAAUUAGGCUCGUUUUUGGACGAUGGUGAUUUUGUAUCAAGUGGUGGUGAUGGGUGCGAGCCCCAAACAUGGGAACCCCAGAGAAGAACGGUCAUCCUACCUUACUUCGGCGCAAUCCAUCUCGAGUUGAGGCCACCGAGGCAUUUUCGUGGGAGGAAACUAGGCAUUGCGGUGCCUGCCCCUCCCUUUGGACCUGAUCCAUUGUUCGAGCAGCCGCUACCCAGGCCACCGGGUUCAACGGAGCAACCUCCUCUCCAGGGGACCUUUGGGACGACCUCUCCGUAUCCUGAAGGACAUCAAGGCUCAGGAGAGACCCAGGCACCAGGACAGCCGGCGGGGUGGAGUGCAUGUGAGGAGUUCACAUUCCAAAUGCCCGUGUACGAAGAAAAUACGAAUUGGGAUCAAUUCCUCUACGGCGACGAGCUGGGCCGGAAUUGGAAUGUCGAUAGUAAUGCUCUCUCCGAAUGGCCUGUGGAUGAAGGAACUUGGGAGUGGAGUUAA